AUGGCCCCUCUGCUGGGCCGGUUCUGCCGGCUCAACGCGUUUGCCUGCCUGGUUCUCGGCUACCUGCUCUUCAUUCUGCUGGGAGCUCUAGUGUUUACGGCCGUGGAGAAGCCCAUGGAGACGGAGCUGAGGGCCGAGGUGGAGGAGCUGCGUCGGUCCUUCCUGCUGGACAACCCCUGCGUCCGGGAGAGCGGGCUGAACGCCCUGCUGGGGAGGGCGCUCUCUGCUCACCGGAGCGACGUGGUGGUUCUGAAGGCCGACGGCAAUGAGAGCCGCUACGACUUCACGUCGACGCUCUACUUCGUCAUCGUCACCCUGACCACCGUGGGUUCUGACUCUUACACCCCCAAGUCCGAUGAAGCCAAGCUCUUCUGUAUCUUCUACUGCGCCCUGGGGAUCCCCCUCACCCUCUUCCUCCUCACCCUCCUCUCCAACCACCUCCUCCCGGCGGUCGCCCACGCUCCGGUCCACCACCUGCACACUCACUGGGGUUUGCCCUACACUCGGGCCAUCUUGGUCCACGCCGCCUGCCUCUCCGUGCUCGUCCUCUCCUUCCUUUUCCUCCUCCCCGCCCUCCUGCUGUGUGCCCUGCAGCCUGACUGGAGCUUCCUGGAUGCUCUUUUCUUCUGCUUUGUGGUCCUGAGCACCGUUGGCCAGGGAGGAAACUCUCUGGGGAGAAACUGGGGCCCGACGGCCAAGGAGAUGCUCCAGCUCCUCACCACCUGUUACUUGCUGGUGGGCCUGGUGGUGAUCAUUACCGUCAAAGAUACUGUGCUGCAGGUUCCCCGGGUCUGUGCGGUGCUGAGGCUCUUCUCUGGUCCGCAUUGUGCGGAGCUGGAAGGUGUCCACCUCAGUGAGCUGGCACUGAGUGAAGAACCCUGUGAGGAGGAGCCUCAGUACUCCCAGUCCAUCUGCACAGUCUCCUCCUAUCCACUAGAGCUGACGGGCCCCGCUGUGGCAGACCGAGCCAGAACCUCAACUCCUGAAUCCAACUGACCUUCACGGCUGGACACCACACCAGCUUCUGACCAGCGACCAAGUCCUGUGUUUCCAUCUUUUGUUUUCUUUACACUACCUUCUGGAUGUCAGCUGCAUUCAGUGAUUGUUUCUGGCCACAUGGGGGCAGUAGAACAAGCUGAUAACACAACAUUUAUAUAACAUUUUCUUUUUUUUUAUGAACAAACACCCAAUCUGAAUGGCUUGUAGAAUCGCCUGUCUGCCUGUCUAUCAACAAGUGUCCAACUAAUGUACAUCUGCAGGCCGGUGUGGAGACUGACUAGCUAUGUAUAAUACAGGACAUGUUAUGUAAGCAUUAUAAUUCUUAAAUGGGUGCAGACAUCUUGGAAAUGUUAUGGGAACACAAAAACACAUGACCUGUCACAUGACCCCCCAAGAUGUUCAGUAGGUGUCAUUUAGGGACUUCAUGAGUUAAAAUCAAGGAUAAAGCUGUAUA